CGGUGCUGCGGGCGGGACGGUCCCGCCGCCCCCGUUCCCGUCCCCGUUCCCGUCCCCGGCUCCGUCCCCGUCCCGCAGCGCCCGAGCUGCUCCGCGCCGCGCUGACGCACCACGAUGGCUGUUCUCUCCAAGGAAUAUGGCUACGUCAUGCUGACCGGGGCUGCCAGCUUUGUCCUGGUCAUGCACCUCGCCAUAAAGGUGGGCAAGGCCCGCAAGAAGUACCAUGUGGAGUACCCAAACAUGUACAGCACAGACCCUGAACAUGGGCAGAUAUUCAACUGCAUCCAGCGUGCACACCAGAACACAUUGGAAGUCUACCCUGCCUUCCUGUUCUUUUUAGGCACUGGUGGAAUCUACCACCCGAGAGUUGCAACAGGGCUUGGCAUUGCCUGGAUCGUUGGGAGACUCCUCUAUGCCUAUGGCUACUACACAGGAGAUCCCAAAAACCGAAGGAGAGGGGCCCUUGGCUCUGUGGCACUCCUUGGGUUGGUAGGCACAGGCAUCUAUUCAGCCUGCCAGCACCUGGGCUGGGUCUCCCAGCACAGCUGCAGAAGCUAAAGAGAGUUUUCUUCA